AUGUCUCUGGCCGACUACCUAGCGAAAAACUACCUGACAGCAGACACGCUAUCGUCGGAGCGGCCGAAGAAGAAACGCAAGAAGAACAAGCAUGCUGUGGCCGAGGAUACCGGCGCCGGCGGGCUGAUAAUCGCAGACGACGACCCUCCGCUACUCUCUAGCUCGAGCAAGACCUCACGAUCCAGACGGCCGGGCAGAUACGACUCAGAUGAGGACGAUGAAAUACCAUAUGCAGCACAGGCAGGAACAAGCAGCGAGUUCCGGAAAAGCAAGUCUUCACAAUGGCGGAGCGUGUCUGGACCACAACCCCCUACAAACGACGAGCAGGUUGCAGCAGACGCGAUUCUAGCUUCUGCAGCUGCUGAGCGGGCAGCUCAGAUGGAAGCUGAUGAUGAUAGGCCCAUGGUGGCCGAGGAAAACGACUCCACGCCUCGAAUGGAGUCAGGCAUGAGAGCCGGGUUGCAGACCGCAGCUGAUACUGCGGCGAUGGUAGCAGCUCAGGAACGAGAGCAGGCGCAGGAAGCCGAGAAGCUACGGAAGGAGAGAAAAAAGAAGGGGAAACAGGAAGUUGGACUGGAGUCGGAAACAAUUUAUCGAGAUGCGUCCGGACGGAUAAUCAACGUUGCUAUGAAGAGGGCGGAGGCACGCAAGGCAGCGGAGGAGGCUGCUGCUGCUGAGCGGGCGGCAAAGGAGGCCCUGACGGGUGAUGUGCAGAGGCAGGAGAAGGAAGCUCGCCGUCAAGCACUGGAGGAAGCGAAGUUUAUACCGCUUGCGCGAACGGCGGAGGAUGAGGAUCUAAAUGCUGAGCUGAAGGCUAGACAAAGAUGGAAUGAUCCUGCAGCGGCGUUCUUAUCUGAACCCAAGAGUGGUACCGCUGCUGGUGUUGGCAGUGGCACUGCUGGGGGAGGGAAAAAGGUAUAUAAGGGUCCAUCACCGCCGAACCGAUAUGGGAUCCGGCCAGGUUUCAGAUGGGAUGGAGUGGACAGGAGUAAUGGGUUUGAACAUAGAUGGUUUGAGGCACGGAACCGUCGGGGCAGGAUGGAAACUAUGGAAUAUGCCUGGCAGAUGGACGAGUGA